GACCGGCGCGGUCCGCCGCUGACCGCCGGCGAGCCACGACUCCUGCCCACACCCGGCAUGGCGGCCAAGGGGCCCCGGCAGCGGCCUCGAGGGGCGCCCGGGGAUGCGGCCUCCCGGCAGCGCGACGAGGUGCCCCCGCCGGCCGCUGAGGAGGCCAAAGCCGAGUCAUCUGGGAGCAAAGCAGGGCAUGUCUGGGCCCCUGAAGGAUCUACAGCAUUUAAGUGUCUAAUAUCGGCCAGGUUUUGUGCUGCCCUGCUGAGUAACAUCUCUGACUGCGACGAGACCUUUAACUACUGGGAACCUAUGCACUACCUCAUUUAUGGCAAAGGCUUCCAGACAUGGGAAUAUUCUCCUGUCUACGCGAUCCGCUCUUAUGCUUAUCUGUGGCUCCACGCCUUGCCAGCCAUGUUCCAUGCCAGAGCUCUGCAAACAAACAAGGUUCUUAUCUUCUAUUUCCUGCGCUGUCUGAUGGCCUUCCUGAGUUGUGUGUGUGAGCUUUAUUUUUAUAAGGCAGUGUGCAAGAAAUUCGGGCUGCACGUGAGCCGUCUCAUGUUGGCUUUCUUGGUACUCAGCACUGGGAUGUUCUGCUCAGCAGCUGCCUUCCUCCCCAGCAGCUUCUGCAUGUACAGCACAGUGAUAGCAAUGACGGGGUGGUACAUGGAUAAAAUCCCUCUGGCCGUCCUCGGAGUGGCUGCUGGAGCCAUCGUGGGCUGGCCCUUCAGUGCAGCGCUUGGGCUUCCAAUUGCCUUUGACUUCCUGAUCCUGAAAAGGAGGUGGAAGAGCUUCUUGCAGUGGUCCCUUGCAGCACUGGUGGUGUUCCUGGUGCCCCUGGUCAUUAUCGACAGCUACCAUUACGGGAAGCUAGUGGUCACGCCGCUCAACAUCGUCUUGUAUAACGUCUUCACACCGCAUGGACCUGAUCUUUAUGGCACGGAGCCCUGGUCCUUCUACUUCGUAAACGGAUUCUUGAACUUCAACGUGGCUUUUGCUCUGGCGCUCCUGGCCUUGCCGUUGACCUGCCUCAUGGAAAGCCUGCUGCAGAAAUUUCAUGUUCAGAAUCUGGGCCGCCCUUACUGGCUGACCCUCUCUCCUAUGUACAUCUGGAUCCUGGUUUUCUUCAGCCAACCGCACAAGGAGGAGAGGUUCCUGUAUCCGAUCUACCCCCUUAUUUGCCUCUGUGGGGCUGUGGGGCUCUCAGCUCUCCAGAAAUGCUACCACUUCGUCUUCCAGCGCUACCGCCUGGAGCACUACACGGCCUCUUCCAACUGGCUGGCACUGGGCACAGUGCUCCUCUUCGGCCUCCUGUCCUUGUCGCGCUCCAUGGCCCUGUUCAGAGGUUACCACGGGCCUCUUGACCUCUACCCAGAAUUCCACAGAAUCGCCACUGACCCCACCAUCCACACCGUGCCGGAGGGCCGGCCAGUUCACGUGUGUGUCGGGAAGGAAUGGCACCGAUUCCCCAGCAGCUUCCUCCUGCCAGAGAAUUGGCAGCUUCAGUUCAUUCCAUCCGAAUUCAGGGGCCAGCUGCCAAAACCGUUUGCCAAGGGACCAGCAGCCACGCGCAUGAUUCCAACGGACAUGAACGACCAAAACCAGGAAGAGCCCUCCAGAUAUUUUGAUAUUUCCAAAUGCCACUACCUGGUGGAUUUGGACACCCCAAGCGAAGCGCCCAGGGAGCCGAGGUACGCCGCCAACACGGAUGCCUGGAUGAGCAUUGCCUACAAGCCCUUCCUGGACAGUUCCAGGUCUUCCAAGCUGUUUCGGGCCUUCUACAUCCCCUUCCUCUCAGACCAGUACACCACCUACAUGAACUAUACCAUCCUGAAGCCACGACGCUUGAAGCAGGCCAGGAAAAAGCCGGGUGCCUAGCACCUCUCAGGACUGGAAGAGGGGCGCCCGAGGGCCCGGUUUCUGCUUCGGGUUUCAGAGCCCCGCCUGCCAGCCCCGGUUGCGGACGUGGCAUGGGCUGGUGGGGAGGGAAGCACGCCCACCUUUGGCUGUAAGGAGGCGCGAACCGACCCCGGAGACAGUCCUGUGCUCUGCUUUCGGAAACUCUUCUGGGGAAGGGCUGGCCAGGUGCGGUCGGCCAGUCCGUCGUCUCUCUUGCUGAGCAGCCGGCAGGGAUGAUGCUGUGCUGACGGAGAGGGGCCGCCCCCUCGUGGCAGCUGGAGCCAGUGGGGGCCACGUCCCGGGCCCUCCAGCAUCCCCCACCUCCACAGGCCAUCCCGCCUGCCCAGGGAUGAGCGGUCCAAGUUUUUCCCCCAGCGGCCUUUUGGAGAGAGAAUUCGGCAGGAGCAGCAGGGCUCUUCGUGAAAUGUCUGGCUUUGCAGCAUUCCCAAAUUUACAGCGAGGUAGGAAAGAGAGCGCGCUCUCCCCGUUUUUGUGCAGCGUCGCUGUGGAAGCCGGCCGCGUCAUUUCUCUGUCAUGUACCACGAGGCUGUCUUUAGUGCCGAUUAAAAAUCAGGGUUCAUCCUC